AUGGAUGAACGUCUCUCUUCCCAACUGGAACGCUAUGCCAGCCAGGUAGCUUCUAGUGCCGGCCUCAUCGCCGAACACCUUAAGUCACUCAAAGACGACCCGUCGAUGCUACCUAACCAGACCACACUACCAACAACAAUUGGCGCAGCCAAACUUGAGUUGGAGGAAGCCGCAAUUCAGCUGCUCCAUCUAACCCGGGACCCAGGUGAUGUGCUGACAAAUCUAACGGUUGAUGAUGGCACAAUCUCAUACCAAGAGCUGUCUCACAUGGCAAAAGUGCCAGAGAAACUCUUGCGCAGCUACCUACGCCUCGUCAUGACCGGUCACUUGUUCCAAGAGUACGGAACAAUGGGAAUGGUUGGCCACAGCCCUGUAUCGCGCAAGCUAGCCGGUGACCCGACCUUGGACUAUUGGGGCCAGUACUUUUCUGAGACCGUUUUCCCAACUGCGGCCAAAAAUGUGGAUGCGACUGCUACUUGGCCGGAUAGCAAUAAAUUGAAUGAAACGGCGCAUAAUCUUGCUUUCGAUCACCAUGGCUCCUUUUUCGACUACAUAUCGCAGGAUCCUGCCCGCACGGUUGAAUUCGCCAAUUCCAUGAGAGCGGUGUCCACUACCAAUCUGUUUGACACUUCGCAUUUAUGCAAAAGUUUCGACUGGUCAUCGCUCGGUGACGGGGUCGUAGUCGAUAUGGGCGGCUCUACUGGUCAUGUCAGUGUAAGCCUAGCAGAGAGCUUUCCGAGCCUACGCUUUGUGGUGCAAGACCGCCCAGAGGUAGUUCUUAACAGCAUUCAGCGACUGGAAGAGCGCGAGCUGCCCCUCUCAGUGACUACCCGCAUCCGGUUUCAGGGCCAUUCCCUCUUCCACUUGCAGCCAGUUAAGGGUGCUGCCGUAUAUUUGCUGCGCCAAAUUCUCCAUGACUGGCCGGAUCAGGAAGCGGUUCAGAUUCUUCGCAACAUUUUGCCUGCUCUGGAACCAAAGAGCAGGAUCUUCAUCGCUGACAUAGUUCUACCAGAAACAGGCUCUAUUCCCGCCACUCAGGAACGGGUGAUGCGCUGCAAUGAUCUACUCCUUCACCAGUUUACCAACACGCUGGAGAGAACGCUGAAGGAUUGGCUGGCCAUCGUCCGUCAAGUGAGUGACAGGCUACGAAUUCAACACGUGUAUAGAGAUCCCGGUAGUAUCCUGUCCCUUAUAGUGUUAAAAACCGUUUGA